AUGCGCAGACACAGGAACAAAUCUCGCCGCCAAAACAAAUACGUGUCGCUAGAAGCGGGAGAGUUGUUCGUCAGCCAGAUCGCUUCGAGGCGCCCGAUUAAAAAUGCAGCGCUUCAAAACGAGAUGAAAUCGGCAUUGGCGUCUCUCGCGCACGCCGCCGCCAGUGUUGUUGUGACGCUCGAGCUGAGAGGACUCACAAUGGCUUCACUUCAAGCGGUGAAAAACUUGCGCCGGCAG